AUCGUCCGCAUCGCUGCCAUCUUGGAGGUCUAAUGCAUGUGUCAUGUGACUUGUCACGUGAAUUUCACUUCCUUUCCGACUUAUCUCGCGAGACUCGAUCCUUUCCCGACUCGCCGCCAUCAUGGGUAAACCUAUGGGACUUCGCACUGCGCGCAAACAUAAGGAUAGACGCCGAACCCAAAGAUGGCACGAUAAAGAGUACAAAAAGGCUCACUUGGGAACCAGGUGGAAGGCUAACCCUUUCCAAGGUUCAUCCCAUGCCAAGGGUAUUGUUCUGGAAAAAGUGGGUGUAGAAGCCAAACAGCCAAACUCUGCCAUCCGCAAGUGUGUGCGUGUCCAGCUGAUUAAGAAUGGCAAAAAGAUAACGGCUUUCGUGCCAAAUGACGGCUGUCUAAAUUUUGUUGAGGAAAACGACGAAGUUUUGGUGGCUGGAUUUGGUCGUAAAGGUCAUGCCGUUGGUGACAUUCCUGGUGUUCGUUUCAAGAUUGUUAAGGUUGCCAAUGUGUCACUGCUGGCCCUCUUCAAAGGAAAGAAGGAGAGACCAAGGUCUUAAAAGCAUUGUUUAGUCAUGCUGGUUUCAUAUUAAAGACAUGUCAUCAACAAA